AUGACAAGUUGUCCAAGAAGCCUGCAUCCGGCAGUCUUAGAGACUCCCACUGCAUACCUGGCGGCGGAAUUCAGCGAUAACAUUAAGGAGGACCUGAAAAUGGCGGAAACAGAUGAACCGCCACAACAUAAACAUACCCGGGCGCAACUUACUAACGGGUCGGCUCGAGAG